GUGAAGCUGCAGAAAUCCCAAAAUCCUGUCGUUUUUGGACAGCUCCAAAAGGAUUAAAACAGACACCCUUAAAGAAACCGCUAAAUACUUUCAGAAAGUGACCUAUAAGCAGCUAUAACUCGAUCGUUAUUUUCCUACUCCUUCAAAAAUCUCCGCUUUUGCUAUUUGAAUCCAUUUUUGCUCUCUCUGUUUUCGUUUUGUCUGGCCUGAUGAUUGUUAAUCUUCGAGGGGUCUAUGGCUAUGUCAGUUGCGUCAGCUGAGGGUAUGGCAUCAUUAAGCAGUGAUAUCUUCUAUGACAUAUUGAGGCGUCUUGAUGGCCCAACAUUGGCAAGUGCAGCAUGUGCUUGUGCUGCAUUUUGCUCCAUUUCAAGAGAAGAAAAGUUAUGGGAAAAUGUUUGUUCUUCUAUGUGGCCUUCAACAAAUAUGGAGGAUGUCAAAACUCUAAUAACAUCAAUUGGUGGAUUCAGAAAGUUCUAUGCAGACUGUUUUCCCCUUAUUGUUAACAAGGGAGCUAUCGAGUACCAAUGGAAUGACUAUCUAGAGUAUGCUGAAGAAUGGACUGAGGCUGAAUACUAUGGUGACAUAGAUGAAAUUGAGAGUAUUUCACCAUCAGAUUUUGUCUCUAUUGUUGAUAUCAGGUACAAAGAUAAAACAAUCUGUUCAAAGGUCCUGUGGGGCAUUCCUAAUGCCGAUGGAUUCAAUGGUUGGUUUUACAACUGCCCAUUUCGGAUUGAUCUUCUUACAUAUGCAGCCAGGGCUGACGACAAUGAAGGUGAAGUCUUGCUUUCAGUUUCAGAUGGUCUGCCGCCAAUUUUAUCCAUGGAGAAAGAAAGAAAGGAUGGAAAGCUCUGGAGGGAGCUUCGUGAUGGACUUCGACUUAGUUGGAUUGUUGUAAAUAAAAAAAUUAAGCAAGCUGCUAAUCUUGCUAGCUGGAGUCCUCUUGGUGGGCAAAGGCAUUGGCCAACAGACAAGGAUUUUGUAAUACACUUUGGGUCUGUUCUUUCUGCAAAAGAGAUUCUUCCAUGUCAGGUAGUAGAAUGCAUCCUCAUUAUGAAGUUUAGAGUAAUUCACACAGAAGGAGAGGGUGUCCAGACAACUCUGAAGUUAACAGAGCUGAGCAUGCAGUUGGAAGACAUGGAAGGCGCUCAUGUCAAUGGAAGAAACAGUUUGCUGAUUCUCAAGGAAGCAUUGAGCUGCUGUAGGAGCAAAAACUAUAGUGAAGUUCUCGAGUCUUGUCACUUGUACUCAAAAGUGCAAAGUGAGUUAAAAGAGGAGAAGAUGAGGAAUGAAAGCAGGAUAGAUAGACUUUGUAUCAUAAGUGGGAUUGCUGCUUUCCUCACAUUAUGGUACUACAUUUUGUGAAAUACAGAUGCUGCUUUUAUUUGAACACUAAUUAACUGAAAAUGCUCUAACAGACUAAGUAUGUACCUAUCUGAUGUAAAAUUCAAUUUUGUCGUAGCUAAUAAGAGUUACUGUUCUUUUUUCCCAAGA